AUGCACCAGCUCAGGACCUUUAAGUAUGUGGCGUCUGAGCUGGGCCACGACGAGCCGGUGCUGCACGCCGUCGUUGUCACCCACCGCUGCCUUCCUUCAGACCCACUGGAGGAACACUUCACGUCGACUAUUCCUCACACAGUCACCUCUGCUUCGCGCAAAUUGAGCAGCACUGAGGCGAGCGUUGGCGCAGAUGUUACUGUGCAAAGUACAGCUGCAGUAACCAGUAAUGGAACGCUUGCUGUGCCGCUGGAAGUAGCUCUGACGGUGGAGCAGGAGCUCGCCAACCUCGACAAUAGGCUUGCCUCCUGGAAGGAGCAGCGCCUCGCUGAUCUUCAAGCACCUGGUAGUGUGCGUGCUUCUUCAUCUUCGUUUCAGAUGGAGGUGGCAAUGGAGAAGAGGUUGGCGCGGAAGCGCAUCGAGGAGCAGGACCGUGCUCAGCAUCGCAUGAAUCUUCUCCUCACUUCUCUCGGUCCGCGCAUCGAUAGGCAGCUGCAGCUAAUGACACGUGAGCAUGACAGUGAGCAAGCAUCGGCGAGCAGCAGUGCGAAGGUGGCAGCGACAAGCAACGUUAAUGAUUCUGCUGGCGCAAGCAGGAGUACAACCACCGCCACCACCCUGCCGCCCCCCUCCCCUCGUGCGCGCAUCCUCUGCGAUCAGCAGUACGUUGUCACACGCCAAGAGAUCGUCCUGGAGGAGCGAGUCACAAGGCAAACACUGCUGCGCAACCUGUGGGACGUUCGCCGUCUGACGCAUCUCGUGGAGGAUGAAGUGUUGUUUCGCCGUAGCAUCGAGACACGCGAAGGCAUGUGGCGAGACCGCCUCGACGGUGAGUCGGACGCUUCCGUGGAAGUGGACUGUGUGUAG